AGUUUCCAGCCCAGUCACCGACUCCUCCAUGUGGGCGGUACCGACCGGCUUACCUCUGCCACUGGGCAACAACCGGAGCAGCAGGUCAGGGAACAGGGACUGCAAGUCAUCCUGACUCCGUCAUUUUACUUCCAGCAGAAGUAGCAGCAGCCAGGCAGACCUGCCGUCCUCCAGCCUUUUUCUUCCCACACCGGACCCUCAGAUACCCGCACCACAACACUGUUUAGCAACUUGUUAGCUUAGCUGCCGUGCAACACAUGGAUCCCCAAAACAGCACCGAGGCGAAGCAGCUGCUGAACCACGCCAAGACUCUCCGACUGCACACCGGGAACCUGGUGAACCGGAGCCGCCUGAAGAAGAAGUGUCCUGGUUCUACGAGCGAGGAGCUUCGAGACUGCAUUCAGGCGACGCUGAACGACUGGUUUUCCACGAACAAAGUGUCAUCAAAGGACCUUCCAGAUACGCUGGACUGCUUCCUCUCUGAGGCAACAGAUGCUAUCACACCUGAGGAGAGGGAGGAGGUGAAGGUUUCAGUCAAGCUGUUCCUGUGUGAGUCUGGUCAGUCGUCCAUCAGAGAUGCUGUGGAGAUGGCCUGCGAGACGCUGGCGGUGUCUCAGCUGGACUCGGUGAUCAUAGCGCCCCCUGGCCCUCUGGAGGGUGACAACCAGAGUCUGGCUCACCUGCAGCCAGCCUGGGAGGAGCUGGAGGCUCUGGUCAGGAGUCAGCAGAUCGCAGCCAUCGGAACCUCGGACCUGGACAAAGAUCUGCUGGAGCACCUCUACAACUGGGCUCAGGUGAAGCCCAGCAGUAACCAGGUAAAUCUGGCCUCCUGCUGCGUGAUGCCUCCAGACCUGACGGCCUUCGCUAAAGAGUUCGACAUCCAGCUGCUCACACACAACGACGCCAAAGAGCUGAUGUCGGCGGCCACAUUCCAGGAGGCGGUUCAGGAAGGAGCUCAGGACCUGAGCAUCGCUGACUGGAGGCUGGAGUGGGUCCUGCGUUACUCCGUCAUCGUCAAGAGCAGAGGCAUCAUCAAGUCGAAGGGCUACCUGGUCAGCGCGAGGAAGGCGAGCCCCUAGCAGUGACGGCAGCUGCAGACAGAGACACGGGGAUGAAGCCAUUUUCCUGUUUCCAUUCUCACACUCACUCACUCACUCACUCACUCACUCACUCACACACACUCACACACCAUGAAAAAGCAGCAGCUCUGAAUACCGGACGCUGCCAAUCGCCACCAAUCCUGAAUUCAUUGUUUAUCUCACAGAAAAAAGCUGCAUCUUCCUCACCUGUCAUCUGUUUUCUUUAACAGAUGCAGGUAUUCGUUUCCACUGUCUGAAAGAUUUAAAACCAGUAACAUGAACUUACAGCUCAGAAAAGACUGACGCAGACCUCGCGAUGACGAGUACACUGACAGAUCAGAAUGAACCGCCAUGUAAAGUGCCUCUCAUCCGUCGCUCCUUCUCUUCUCAUGCCUGCUUUAUCUAUUGUUGGUGUGAUUCAAGCUUUAAAUCAGUCUGGGUGAAGACAGAAAUGUUUUGUUUUGUCGUAGAGAAUUCCACUUUGAACAGAGAAAUGGAAACUCAUCUUUUCAUGGGUGGGGAAGUCUGAUUUUAUUCACUCUAUUUAAAUGUUCCCGCUGUGUGUGUGUGUGUGUGUGUAUAUAUACGUCAUUUACGUACAUUCCUUAAUUGAGAAAAACAAUGCACUACUUUAAAGGCAGACCUAUUUAUCAUGUUUAUUGUGUGAUACACACUGAAUUCACCGCUCUGUGAGUUUAUUUUUAUCAUGAAAUGUUUACCCCCCGUGUGCUCAUGAGAUUAAUCCGAGGGAGAGCACAGCACUAUUUGCAGAUGGACGUACCUGGCGGGCCGAUGUCUUCGCCUCAUAUUCCUUAUUAAAAAGCACUGGAAACUCCACAUUCAGAGAUGUGAAGAAAUUGUUCAUUCUGAGGACGAAAUUUGUAUUUAUGAGUCCUGGUUGUUUUUCCAGACAGGGUCCAGUAAAUCCUAAACUUCUCAGUUGUACUGUAAGCAUAUUUAAUGUUGUCAGAUAUCUGUAUAUCCUGAAUUGGCUUCAUUAAAAACAUGUUUUUACCAUCAACACUGGCGUGAAAAGAAGACGGGGUAAACACGGGCGAGUGUGACAGGCUUUGGUGUUGUAACUGAGCAGAAAGAAACAUUAAAAUUUAAAAGAUAAAACUAUA